AUGGCUACAUAUGUUUCCAAGAGCGGUGAAUCUCUUGAAGCAAAAGUUCGUGAAAAACACAUAGAUGAUCCUCGUUUUAGUUUCUUAUUACCUUGGAAUGAGUUUCAUUCUUAUUAUAGGCAAAGAAUUCAACAUGAAAAGGCAACUGUGGCAUCAACAUAA